AUGGAGACCUUAGAAUCAACACCGCCUAAGAACUUCAUGCCCAGUGCUGGGUCCUUCCCUUCCACGGUGCCCCGAGGGGGCUCAAGCCCUGGCCCCCCACAGCCAGGGCCAGAGCCAGAACCGGAUCCAGAGCCCCCCAAGAAGAAAAGGAAGAAGAAAUAUCUUCGGCAUGACAAGCCUCCCUACACCUACCUGGCCAUGAUAGCCUUGGUGAUCCAGGCUGCCCCGGCUCGGAGGCUCAAACUGGCCCAGAUCAUCCAUCAGGUUCAAGCCCUGUUCCCCUUCUUCAAGGAUGACUAUGAAGGAUGGAAGGAUUCCAUCAGACACAACCUCUCUUCCAACCGAUGCUUCCACAAGGUACCCAAGGAUCCGGAAAAGCCACAGGCCAAGGGGAAUUUUUGGGCUGUGGACGUGAGCCAGAUCCCCGCUGAGGCUCUUCGUUUGCAAAACACAGCUGUGGCCCGUCGAGGGGAAAGGAGUGGCCAGGGCAAAGCCUUUGCCAAGGAUCUGACCCCCUACGUUCUUCAUGGCUGGCCCUACCGGCCUCCUAGCCCCAACCUAGCCAGCGACUCCUUCAGUAUUGAUUCCUUGCUUGGGGAUAUUCCAGAAGGACCUCAGCCCCCACGGCCAUCCUCCUCUUCUUCCUCCUCUUCUUCUAUUUCAGAGCCAGGUACUUCAAGCCAAGUGCAGUUAUCAGGAAGUACCAGGGUCCCCCUUUGGGGACAGCUGCCUACAUCAUAUUCCCCCAUAUACACCCCAAAUGUGGUGAUGCCUCUAGCACCCCCACCUUGCCCUCAGUGUCUGCCCUCCCCAGGUCCUUCCUACUGGGGGCUAGCACCUAAGGCCACAGGUCCCACUGGAUCCUUAGGGGACUUGGAUGCUCUCUUCCAAGUGGUGCCGCCUAACAAGAGCAUCUAUGAUGUGUUGGUCACUCACCCCUUGGACUUAGUAUCUCCUAAUUCCAGGGGUUCUACUCCAGGUACACUACUUACCUGGUACAAUAUGUGA